UCCUGGAAUUUUGUGCACUAUAAAUAUCGCCCUCAACCCAACGCCAUAGUCUCAUCCCAUUAUCGCAAUCUUCCUCUACGCUUUCUGUAAAACUCGUGAUCAUUUAGGAGAGCGCCAUCGAAAUCGCAAAUGUCUCAGACUGUGGAGCUUAAGGUUGGCAUGUCAUGCCAAGGCUGUGUUGGAGCUGUGAAGCGUGUUCUUGGAAAGUUAGAAGGAGUCGAAUCAUUCGAUGUUGAUCUAGAGAAGCAAAAGGUGACCGUGAAGGGCAAUGUCCAACCGGAAGCCGUUCUGCAGACUGUUUCAAAGACUGGGAAGGAGACAUCUAUUUGGAAAGAAGAUGAGAAGGCGGCUGCAGUGUCCGAACCCACAUCUAAGGCUGCUGAGACGGCUGCCACAGCAUGACUCGACUUUUCCAAAUAUAACUUAGAUAUUUUAAAGUAGUACUUACUAUAUAUGUGGAAGCAAUUUGGAAUGUUUGUUGUGUUUGUCCUCCCAAGUUAUGGUAUAUGUAAUUUGGAAUAACUUCUUGCUCA